AUGAACCCAAACCCUACAGCACAAUCCGGCUCGCGCCAUCAGCUCGACGACGCCUCGCUUAGCAAAUAUCUUGCCGACUCGAAUACUAUUCCGGGGUUGAAGGCACCUGUUGUGUCGACGAAAAUUGGCUACGGCCAAAGUAAUCCGACUUACUUUGUCGACGAUGCUGCAGGCACACGCUUCAUCCUGCGCAAGAAGCCGUCCGGGACAAUCAUCAGCCCCGUCGCUCACCAAGUGGAUCGCGAAUACCGGGUUCUGAAAGCCCUCGGCUCGGUCAAAGGGUUUCCUGUGCCGAGAGUCUAUACACUUUGCAUGGACCCCAGCGUCAUCGGGACGCCAUUCUACGUUAUGGAAUUCGUUAAGGGCAGGAUAAUAACAGAUCCCGACCUGGGAGAGCUGUCACCAUCGGAUCGAAGAAAGGCUUGGAUCUCUCUCGUGGAAACCCUCGGCUGGCUGCACAGCAUCGACCCAGACUCUAUCGGCUUGUCCAACUUUGGCAAAAAGCAAGGUUUCUAUCAACGGCACUGUAACACGUUCCAGCGCAUAGAGAAUCAACAGUCCAAGGUCAAAGACAUCAAGACGGGGAGGGAAUUGGGCCGCGCACAUGAGCAUUACGACGAGAUGGUUGAUUUUGUCAGGACCAAUAUGACCAGUGACAGGUAUUCCAUCGUGCAUGGAGAUUAUAAGUUCGACAACGUGAUUCUCCAUCCCACAGAGCCCCGCGUUAUCGCCAUUCUCGACUGGGAACUCUCGACCAUCGGCCACCCCCUGAUGGACGCCGUCUACGUGAUUGGGCCGUUCUGGAACGAAAUCACCAAAGCCGGCCACCCUGUGUCCAACAGCAAGUCACCCGCCGCCAAUGGGUAUCUCUCUUCGCCCUACGCCCCGGCCAACCGCGCCAAAUCCGGCAUGCCGGAGCCCGACGAGCUUCUGGAUCGCUACGCCCGGAUUACAGGGUUUGAUCCGCGCAAAGAAGGGUCCCCUCCCGGCAAGGACUUUCAGAUCGCAAAGAUCUUUCAUUAUGUGCGAGGCGGGACCAUCUCGCACGGUAUCCAGGCACGUACUAUUAGUGGCCAGGCCAGCAGUGACUUCUCGCACGUGUAUUUCGAGAAUACCCGCAAGAGUCUCGACGAGGCGUAUCGGAUGAUGCGGGCGUUGAAGGAGGGCCAGGGCACAAAGGCGAAGUUAUAG